CCCCACGUGGCCCCGCCGGGAGCCAAUCAGGAAGCGGGGAUUGUGGGGCGCCAAGCGCGUGCUGGCGGGCAGUUGCUGCGGGCGGGAUUGAAGAGAGAGAGAGACGCGAGAGAGGGGGAGAUUGAGAGAGAGAGAGAGAGAGGGAGACGGGCUUCGGAGGUGCUUCUUUCCCUCAGCGAAGCGUCGCCAUGUCCGAGGAGAAGCCAAAGGAAGGAGUAAAAACAGAGAAUGAUCAUAUCAAUUUGAAAGUAGCUGGUCAAGAUGGAUCAGUGGUCCAAUUUAAAAUUAAACGGCACACACCGCUAAGUAAACUCAUGAAGGCUUAUUGUGAGAGACAGGGUUUGUCAAUGAGACAGAUUAGAUUCAGAUUUGAUGGACAGCCAAUUAAUGAAACAGACACACCUGCACAGUUGGAGAUGGAAGAUGAAGAUACUAUUGAUGUGUUUCAACAGCAGACGGGUGGCAUGUGCUAAAUAUCCUGUCAUUUUGGGAAGAGGAAUGUAAAAUGUCACCUCACUUUGUCAUCUGUCCUUGGAGUUGAUAUUAAAUGGUAAACAAGUGAACAUGCCAGGCAUACAGGAAUCUUCUCACAUUCUGAGGACACCUAUCCAAAUUCUUUUUUUGUUCCUGAUAUACUGCGUGUGCAAGUGGAAGCUGUAUCUGUGGAAAAUAACUGCAUCAUAAAAUGGGCCCAGUUAAAAUUAAUUUUUCAAAUAACUAAAAUACUUGCUGUUGUCUGCUGUAAUCUUGUCCCUAUGAAUUGGUGGCCUAAAUACCAACCUACUGUAAAACAAGAAUAAUUACUUCUGGCUUUUGUUGUUUUUGUUUUACUGUUUAAUUAUAGUAAUGUAAAUAUUGAAAUAUUUUUCCUUGCAAAAGUAAAGGUUUUUUUUUCUCAGAAUAGAUGGCUUGGGAAAGAAGAGAAAGAGUUUUACCAUUUAAUAAAGUUAAUACUUUAAACCUGUUAAUGGGAUAUGCAGAAAGGGCAGUACCUUCAAAUACAAUGCUGAACAUAGUGGCAGUUUAAGAUAAUGCAAAUGUACAUGUGCUUUUUCAUAAUAAAAUAGCAUAGAAUCAAACAA